AUGGAAGCCGAUUGCAUCCAUUUCAUUCGAAGGUGCCAUAACUGUCAAAUUCAUGGGGAUCUAAGCCAUAUUCCGCCAUCAGAAUUGCAUAGUCUUACUUCGCCAUGGCCCUUCUCUGCUUGGGGAAUCGAUAUUAUUGGAAAAAUUCACCCGACUGCAUCAAAUGGUCACGAAUUCAUCGUGGUUUCCAUAGAUUACUUUACAAGAUGGGUGGAAGCUGAAUCCUACAAGAUAUUGGGGGCAAAACAAAUGGCUGAAUUCAUUGAAACUCGCUUAAUAUGUAGAUAUGGGAUUCCACACCAUAUUGUGAGCGACAAUGGAGUACAAUUCCAAGCAGAAGUGAAACAACUAUUGCGUGAAAAUGGGAUCGAGCACCAUAAGUCUUCACCGUAUAGGCCUCAAGCUAAUGGAGCAGUGGAAGCGGCGAAUAAAAAUGUUAAAAAGAUUCUCGCUAAAAUGGUGGAGACAUACAGAGAUUGGUCAAAGAAAUUACCAUACGCCUUACACGGGUACAGAAGAACAGCAAGCACGUCAACUGGUGCAACCCCAUACUCCUUAGUAUAUGGAAUGGAGGUUGUCUUGCCUAUUGAGGUUGAAUUACAAUCACUUAGGUGGUGUUGGAGGCUCAAGUCCCAGAAUACGAAUGGGCUAGAGCAAGAUAUGAACAAUUGGCUGUAUUGGACGAGAAAAGAACGCGAGCAAUGUUCAAUAACCACAUGUACCAAAGGCGAAUUGCCAGAACUUUCAACAAGAAGGGAAGACUUAGAACAAAUAAGUCACCCACCCUAUCCACAAAGUGGUCAAACUACGUGGACUUUGAUCCUGCAAAAGCAGCUGGCACAUCAGCUAUUUACGGACUCUUCACAACUGCAUGGCUCGCACAUCAGCUAUUAA